GUAAUUAUAAGAGCAGCUAGGAUUCAUUCACCAAUGUCUCAUCAGUUAUUAUUUUAUUUGCUCUUUAAGCACUAAAAAACAUGAAGACAUUUGCUUUACUUGCUCUUCUCCUCCCUGCUGUCCUGGCAGCCAAUAUUAACCUCUCCACCUACCCUCUGACUGCUGACCUGAGACCAGGGAGCUACAGGCUGCACUGGAGCUUUAAUGUUGAGGAGCAGAGCAUAAGGUUUGCAGUGAAUGUGAGCACCACUGGAUGGGUUGGACUGGGACUGUCUCCCACUGGAGGAAUGCCUAACUCUGACAUUGUCAUUGGAUGGGUCAACGAUCAAGGACAAGCCUUUUUGCAUGAUCGCUUUGCCACUGGAAGAAGCCUCCCACCAGUUGAUGCCAUGCAAGACUGGAUCCUUGAGGAUGGAGAGCAAGAGGAUGGAUUCACUAUUCUUGCCUUCAGAAGAAAUUUGGUUACUUGUGAUGAACAAUUUGACAGAGAAAUCCAGAGUGACACAGCUCGUAUGAUCUUCAGUUGGAAUGAUGCUGACCCUAUUGAUGACGACCCUAGUCAAGUGAUGUACCAUGAGACAAACCGUGGAUCAUCCAGUAUUAACCUGCUGGGAGGACAACAAGAAGUGCCGACUGAUCCGACUGAUCUGCAAUCCUUUGACAUCACUGUUGAUGCUAUUAGUGUUCCCAGCGAUAGCACUACCUACUGGUGCUCUGCAUUCGAGCUACCUGCAAAUGUUCAGAACCAAACACGUUUUAUCACAAAGGUGGCACCUAUUAUUGAUGAAGUAAAUAUGCAGAAUGUUCAUCAUUUCCUGAUCUACGAGUGCACAAACCUCAACAGCACCCUCACUGGCUACAGUGCUCCGUGUAGUGGUCCCGGGCGUGGAGUGACUGGUGAAAUGGUGGCUGCUUGCAUAUCCAGGGGUAUUUUAUUGGCUGCAUGGGCUGUAGGAGGAGGGAAAUUUGUAUACCCUGCUGACGUGGCAUAUCCGGUGGGUGGAGAUGGUAAUCCUCGCUUUGUUGUCAUGCAAACUCACUACGACAACCCUAAUCAACGCUCAGAUAUUGUGGAUAGCUCUGGUAUGAGUUUCUUCUACACAAGUACAGAGCGUACUUUCAGUGCAGGGACUUUGCAAUUGGGGCAUGCUGUUUCUUCAUCCAUGAUCAUACCCCCUGGAGCUCAAGACUACAGAGUGUUUGGGGAGUGCAGCUCUGCCUGUACUAGUGCACAUAUUCCGGAGGAUGGUAUCUUUAUCUUUGCCAAUACUCUACACACCCAUCUUGUUGGUGUGGGGUUGACUGUUCAUCACAUACGGAGAAAUGAGACUUGUGGUGAUAAUGGAUGGAAAGAGCUCGAGCCAAUCGAUCAGAAUUUGCAGUACGAUUUCAACUUCCAACAAACGGUUCAUCUUCCAGAGCUUAUUAAUGUUAAGCCAGGAGAUAUCUUGCGACUGGAGUGCAUCUAUAACACUGAAGACAAAGAUGGUGUUACUUUGGGUGGUGAGAGCACAUUGGAAGAGAUGUGUCUGACAUUCUUGCAGUUUUAUCCAAGAAUUGAUCUGUCUUCUUGUUUUUCGUUUAUUUCAUCCACCGAUCCUAGGGCCUUUCAACCCUUCCUGAGUGAUUCACUAACUCCAGAGCAGAGGGUAGCUUUGCAGACUGCAGCCAUAAGUGGUAGUACAACUGCAGUUGAGAAUGCUCUAAACGACAUCAGUUGGACAUCCGAUGCGGUUGCCUCACUGCAAUCUAGUGUUGUCAAUGGGCCAGUUAUUGAUUUUUGUGUCCCACAAAAUCCUCGAAGGGAAAAUGUAAUGUCUGAGUCUUUCCCCAAUGGCCUCCAACCAAUAGAGUGUGAGUACCAAGCUCCCGACCCUCGGGCUGGUAUCUGUGACAGCGGUGCCGGAAAUGUGGUGGCUAACAUGAUGCUUCUAGUGGUCGCUAUAACCAUAGGAAUAAUGAUGUAAACUGAAGUGUAUAUAAAGAACAGUUUAGAACAUGUUGCGACUAGAAUCUUAGAACCUUAAAAAACACGAUAAUUCGAUCUGAUUAACUAUAGGAACUGAUAAGAAGUUCUUUUAAUUUCCAGAAGUAAUUUUUACACAUUAUUUUUAAUAUUGAUCUGCAUGUAUACUGAUUGGGAUAAUUAUA